AAAAUGGUACCCAAGAUCUACUAGAUUGGUCAAAUGAGUUUGACUAUACUACAAAAGCUAACUAUUGUAGUAAAGCUAGACAAUUUGAAUUGGCUAAAGCAUAUAUAAAAGAUAUUGCUGAUGAAUAG